AGCAAAAACGUCCUCCACUCUCCAGGCUUUUUUCACUUUGAAAUUUUCACAUUUCUUUCACUACUCUCCCCUAUAUCCUGCCUGAAUUUCCCUGUGACAAAACAUAAGCACAGACUAUUCUUAUUAGUAUGCAUUUUAAUGCACUCUGGGCAAAGAAAGCACUGUGUAGUAUUUGGCAUAAUUAGCAACACAAUCCUGUUCAGAACUACAGUGUAUUCCCUGAAAGUGCCAUUCCCUGCAUGAUCCUCUGUUUAGUCUCUGUUUGCCAAAAGCUGAGAAUGGGCCACACCGAAUGGAUCAUUUCAUGGUUACCUGUUCUGUUCAUUCUCUCUAGGGCACCUUGGCCACUGUCAGAAGACAGAAUAUUGAGCUAGAUGGACUUUUGGUCUGACCUAGAAUGGCCACUCUUAUGUUCUUAUCCCAUAUGUCAUUGUGCACUUCCCAGACCCCAUCUCCCAACUCUAGUGAUUCAUCUGUGAAAUUUCUAGAGGGGAAGACAUAUAAAGUUCACCAAGGGGUGCAGCACAGUAGAUGGUGCUUCAUAACACACAGGGUAGCCUGUCAGCAGUGACUAACCAGGGGAUCAGCAAAAAUCAGUUGUGUAUUGUAGGUGGGUCUUUAACUGCUCAGUAAAACUGGGAACUGUGGAAAGACUUUAAAAGUCAUUGUGACGGAAGGCUGCUGUAAAGAAGGGGGUCCGUUCCUACAGUGGUCUAGUAAAACAAACCACUAGAAUUGAGACAGGUGGCAGGUAUAUGCAUGCUGUCAGCAGCCGAAUCAUAUAGGCCAUGCACUGAUGUGGUCUGACUGCAGCUGGCAGUGGUUACUUAGCCCCCUCUGCUUCUCCAUUCUUCCAGUGAUUGCCCCAGUUUGUAAAGCAGAUGAUGUCAUGGGGAGAGCGGCUCAGGCUUGGCUCAUGAGAAAUGAACAAGUAACAUGAAGUCCUUGGCAAGGAUGCCAUUAGGUGUUUAAAGGUGGAGACUAGACAGGUUUUGGGGGCAAUGGGAGAGGGUGCUAUUCCUUAACCUGGGGCCCGAGUCACAGGUGCCAUCUCCGAGCACUCUCCCUAGGAGGGCUGUGCCAAACGCGCUGGAGGACGCUGCUGUCCCUUUGUGAACUGGUCUGGGUGGUGUUUUUUGCAGCGAGCACAGGAUCGUCCCGUAGUCAGAGCCACGUGGAAUCUCUCCUCCAGCUGCGUGUACGCGCACCCCCCUCUGAUCCAUCUCAGUGCCAGCCCCCUCCUGCUGCAAUGAACCAGGCCAGCAAAAGGAGGGGCGGGCCUCCCUCUCUGGUGGGCGGGGCUUCAGAGGAAUCUGAGCCGCAGUCGGAGGAGGGGAGAUGAUAAAUAUUGCCCAGAAGCGAGAAGCUAGCCAGCCUGUAGCUGCCUGUUCCUUAGGGAGGAUUGCAGAGCUCGGUACAAUCCCAGGAGCGCUCCUCUGGCUUUGCAAGACCUGUUCUCUGCAGGGUUGUUGGAGGCAUUUCUGGACGUAGGGGACCCGAUUCUUCUCCCCCGGCUGCUUUGGAGCAUGGCUGGCAAGGUGCAUCGGCUGUGCACGGGCUGGAGCUUACUGCUGUUGCAGGCAGCGCUCUGCUCUUCCCAGGGUAACUGCGAUAGCCCCGACCAGUGUGCUCGGAAUAAUUCUAACUGGACUAGCCUGUGGUAUGUCUGGCUGAUUCUACUGACCGUGUUCAUGCUCCUGCUAUGUGGCAUCACAGCGAGCUGUGUGAAGUUCUGCUGCCGAAAGAAGAGACCCCCAGUUCAAGCCUUUCCUAGACGCCCCUACGAUUUGACAGUCAUUGCCGUUGAUGGCGAUAGCACCGUCCACAGCACGGUGACUUCAUACAGCUCUUUCCAGUACCCCCAGAGCGCCCCAGUUCCACUUCCAUUUGGGGAUAUGGAUAGGAGCACCAUGUCUCCCCCAGCCUACAGCCUCUAUGCAAUGGAGUUGCCACCCUCAUAUGACGAGGCCAUCAAAAUGGCUAAGCCCUACAUUGAGACGGUGUUGGUGGGCCAGAAGCUCAAUGACAUCCUUGAGCCGGUGGCACCAGAAGAGCCAAAUCAGCACCACGGUUCAUCUGCUCCUGUGGCUGGUGAACUGGAGACACAGCCAAGUUCAGAAGAACCACAAAUUGAAGCACAAGGCCAACCUCCGCUCUAGCCCAUUUAGAGGUGAGGGAGAAUACAAGGACCUUGAAGUACUAAAGACAUUAAAAGUUUGAUUUUAUAUGCAAGUAACCAUGGGAAGAUGCCUAAUCUGAUGUCCGUAACAAUGAUCUGUCAUGUGGGAGGAAUGUUUCCUGCAAUUGCAGUAAUCUUCUGUUGAUGCUUCUAGGGUAUUAAAUGAAACAGGAGGACAUCAGUUUAAAAAUACCCUGUAUGGGUGAUACGUGGAUGCUAGUUUGGGUCCUGCCAAUGAAAAAUAAUCCCUUGUACUGAUAUAGCAAUGAAAAGGGCAGGGGCAUGGUUCUACGAUAGCGACACCUUCAUUAGAUGCUAGAAUGACGCAAACAGUGCAUUGUUCCUGAGCAGAAGAUGGAGUUUCCCAAACUUGAGACAGAAAUGGAGUCUUGAUCAAGUGCAAAUUCAAGAGCUUCUAUAGCUUGUCUCUUCUUUUGAGAAGGUUAACUGUCCAGCAAAUUGCUGAAGCACUGAAUUCGUUGCUACGUAACGGCGAAUGUUCUUUAAACUGAAGGAAAAUGGCACCCCAGGACUCUACUAUGCACAUUGUUAUUUCCACAAUGAUGGGGAGAGACAAGGGAAAAGACAUUUGUGCCAGUUAUAGGAGACCCGAAUCAUUAAAAAAGCCCAUCAUUUUCAAGAUGGGGAGGGGGAGGUUGAUGCUUGUUAGUUUUGUCAGUAACAGUGCAAAUUAGCCUCCAGGAGAAACUUUUAUACAUGGUUUGGUAUUAUUAAAAUAUUUCAAGUAUUCAUGUUUUUGCUGACUGAAUCCAAUGGGUCUGAAAAACUAAAUGAUCUGGUAAAUAUUGAAUGCCUCGUCAGCACAAAAAGUUGGUAGUAUGGAUUUCAGAAAAAGUGAAAAGUUAAAACUGCAGCGCUUGACCUUAUGGGAUUUUUAUUUUAUAUUUCACUGAUUUUUUUUUAAACUAUAAAUAAAAUUUUAACCUUUUAAAGCAAACGAUCUGUCAUUGUGAGUUCUAAGUAACCUAAGAUAAGGGUUACAGAGAAAAGUGUCCAAUAAAAAUCUCUUCAAGGAAAGAUCUGUGACGCAUAGAACAACAGAAAUGAGCAUUGAAGGGAUCUUUCAUAUCAUGUAGCUCAACUCCACACUGUGUUUCCUUGGGACUGUGGGGCUUACACACUAUAACCAUUUUUGUGUGUGCAUGGAAACCGUAUAAACCUUCUGUGCCUUAAAACUGCAGGUACAAGAAAUCCUAGUCCUUUGAGCUUGAAUAAACUGAUUGUUCGGAUACUUUUUCCAGUGGCAGUGUGAUAUUCUGUCUCCUCUUUACUGCAACUGUAGGGAGGAAACCGAGUGCACAAAAUCUUUUAGAAACGGGUAAAGUGAACUCAGGAGGAGGGAGAAGAUGAAGGUUGAAAAAGCCACAGCUGCAACAACUGUAUUGGGCAAAAAUCCCCAUUGAAUAGGGCACUGCUGCUGCUUACUCAGCAGUAAGCAUUUCCAGUACCCAUGUAGUAGCUACUUGUUUGAGAACUGAAGCUCUACAUACUGGUAAUGAUUAAACUAUCAGAACAGUGCACAGGACCAAGGCUAAAUGGGAGGGGAAGCCAUACCAGUCUCAAAAGUAAGUAGUUCCUUGUGACAUAGUUAGCAAAUGUGUAUUUAUUGCAGAAAACUAUCCUCUUUGUGGGGGAAGCUGCACUGCCAGGAAAUAAACCUAGGGGGGAAAACGUCCCCAGUUUCUAUAUGAAUGAACCACUGCUCUGGGGGGGACUAAUCUAUGAUUGCACUGCUCUGGAAAGCUGUUUACCGCUACUUAGAUGCAUAGCACAAAGGGAAGCAGCCCUGGCCUCAUCAGAUAAAAUUAUUCAUUUUGGAAUGCAGCUCAUCUUGCCAUCACCAGCUUUCAGACUUGUGAGCUCAGCCUUUUAUUAGAGGAGAAUGGUCUUUGUAGAUGAGGGUUCAGGUUGGACUAUAAUUGCCAGUUUAAGUUGUCGCAAAAUCAUUUUAAUGUCAUCUAGUACCAUUUUAAGCUGAGAGGUGACAAGGCACCAUGGCAGGUGGCGUGGGUGUUAUGCCUUUCCCACUUCCAUUCUUGUUCUCUAGGGAGGGUUUAUUUUGAUCGAGUUUCUGGAAUUACAACAGAGACCAGUUCUGCUGGUAUUUCACCCCUGGGACUCUCACUCAUUCAUCUGCACUCUCAAGUGAAGUGCAGGUACAAAGGAGGUGGGAGGGAAGAGUGAUGUGUAAACUUGUAUUUCCGAUGCUGUCCUCUGUUCUGACAAAGGUGUUUGGCUGGGCCCUGGGGCUGUUUUUUUCCUCCCUCCUACCCUAUUCACACUGGUGACGUUUUUAAGCUCCCUACUGACUGGAAUUAGUGACUAGUCUGACUUGUACUAGAAGCAAAGAGGCUCAGGUGGGGUUGGAAGUGAGUGGUAGGUUUUAACACAAACCUACCAAGCCAGGCAAUUCUGCACCAACUUUUAGCAUUUAGUAUCAGUUUUUUCUUUAAAACUGUUUUCUGUGGGAUUUGAUUUUUUUUUUUGGCCUGAGUUGUAGAAGGCUCAAUUAAGUCUUACCCUACCCUGGUGGGUGGGAAAUAGAUUGGGGCUGGAGAGAAGUCUGGUGCCUUGCCUUUAGAACUGGCUGCGCCUGAGGGUUCAGAGGCUAUAAAGGCUGGCAGGCAGAAGAAGGGGGAAUGGUCAGGGGAAGGUCAGUCUCCAGGCUGUGUGGAAGAGGAUUGUAAGGCCUGCAAGCUGUAUAUAGUAUAUCACUGGUGGUGGGAGAACCUGGUGUAAAUAAAGCUGCAGGUGCUGAAGAACUAGUUUUAUUGGGGCCACCAGUGGGCCUCAGGAAGAGGGGUGGGCAGAGGACCUGUUAUAAGCUGGAAUCUGGUUCCUAACAUCUGUACCUGGCUUUGCAAAAACCACUCCUGCUUUUGCCAGCCUGUGAUGGUACUGGAUGAACAAGAGCUGCCAAAGAGGAGUUGUACGUUAGAUUUGCAGCUCCCAUUGGCUUCAGUGAAGUUGUCCCUGGUUCAGUACAUAUGCAAAUUGGCCCAGAAGUCCUGGUGUUUGGUAACAGGAGUUCAUGAGUAUAUGGAACACUCUUCUGCUGGCUGAAGUGAUUAGGGGUGUUUUGUACAGCAAACUUCAAAAACAAAAGAAAUUACUUGUUUGAUUCCAGCCCAAAUGGGAACUUAAUGAUUGAGUUAAGGCUGCUGCAAAAGACAUUUAAUGAGGGGAAAUGAUACAGAGCCUGAACUGCACCUGGUACCUCAGUGUGCUUGGGACUGCCUUUCUCUGAUCACGUGCCCCUGACUCACUGACAUACUUUGCUGCCCAAGUAGCCUGGUUGCUCAACUUACAUUCCUCCGUACUGGAGAUUAAAUGCUAUAGGGACAGACCACAUCACUGACUCCACUUAGCUGCAGACAUAACAAAGAGCAAGGGCCUGAUCUUGCUGUCGCUGGAAAUCGUUUGGUUGUGGACCUCAAAAGAAACAGGAGUAGGCCACAUAGUGCUUUCCUGCCUGGAGUCCAUUUCUGCAGUUUCCUUUUUUCUGCACUGUACUUUUCUAGAGCAAAUUUUGAUACACUGCAGUUACUGUUUGCCAUCUUGGCUGUGCCUGCACUGGCAUUUCACUGCAAGUGUAACUUCCUACUGUUAAGUGACAUCUGUGAAGCCCUAAAUGCUGUGGAACUGUUAAAAUGUUUUGUUUGGUUACUUAGUUUUGCCCUACUGAAUGUUUUUCCAAUUAAAACAAUUUUUAAAAUGGAGAAAGUCUAGUAUGUCUGAUUCCAAAGGGAGAAGGGGAAAAAUAGUACUGUGAAUUACACCUAGCUCUUUCAGCACACUUUUUAUCAGUAGGUCUCAAAAGCUCUUUACAAAGGAUGUUGGUGGCAUUAUCCCUAUCUUCCAGAUGAGUAAACUGAGCUACCAGGACCCAUCCAAGGUCACCCAGCAGGCCCUGGGCAGAGUUGAAAAUCAACACAGUCUCCGGAGUCAAGGCCACUGUUUGUGACUUCCUUGAUGGAACAAGGUUCUUAAACAUCCUCCUUGCCCGUCAAUUGAUUUUGGGAGUCCUCAGCAGGUUCCCCCAUGCUAAACCCUGUGUUGACUAGUGACUCCCAGCCAGCCUGGUCUCUGGCCUGUGCAACUUAUCUUUUGUUCAGUGGAUUAGUUGAGCAGGCUGGCCUGUCUGGGAAGUGUGGUCUAGUCUAGUGGAUAGAAUAGAACAUUGGACUAGGUAUCAGGGAACCUGGAUUGUAUUAUUGGCCUGCUAGGUGACAUUGGGCAAGUCACUUGGUCUUAGAGCCUCCUUUCAUUUUGAUGGGAGUGAGUGCCUAAAACACCUUUGAGGAUCUGGACUGCCAUCUCCCUGUGCCUCAGUUUCCCCAUC